UUAUGACUGUAGACCACAGGGGUUGGGGUUGGCCUGUGGUCUGGUCCGUCGCCCGAAGGCACGAAAGCACCGUGGGAGACAUAUGUGUUGACUGAUCACUUGGAAGCAGCCUCUGCCAAGUGGCGCUGCUCGGUGUGUUUUCUCUGUGGAGAUGAGUGACACCUUGGAGCGGACCACAGACAGCCCCCUGCCCAGCCCCCACAACAGAAGGGCAGGAGACAAUUCCACCGCCGAGGAGGAGAAGGCUGGGGAUAGUGGAGGCGUAUCAGAGUUGUGCUGGGAAGAUGAAGGUCUACCUGUAGAGCUUCAGAGAGGGAUGGAGACGCUGCGUACCCACAGAGAGCUGACCGACGUGAUAGUUCGGGUCCAGGGCCAGGACUUCCCCUGCCACAGGGCCGUGCUUGCCGCCGCCAGUCACUACUUCAGGGCAAUGUUCUGCAGCGGGCUCAGGGAGAGUCACGAGGCGUGUGUGGAGCUGAAGGAGCUGCACAGCGAGACCAUGAAAUCCCUGCUGGACUACGCUUACACCAGCCAAACGGUCAUCACCCAGUCCAACGUCCAGAGAAUACUGGAGGCUGCCAGCCAGUUCCAGUUCCUGCGUGUGGUGGAGGCUUGUGCUGGCUUUCUGACCAAGGCUCUCCAACCGGAGAGCUGCAUCGACAUCCUGCGUCUAGCCGAUAGCCAUGCCCUUCCGGCUCUCAGAUCCAGGGCUCAGGACUACAUCAUCAGCAAGUUCUCCCUGGUGGUCCAGCAGGAGGAGUUCCUGGAUCUACCGGCAGAGGCUCUGGAGUUUGUCCUUCAAAGAGACGAUUUAGAUGUGACGUGCGAGCAGCAAAUCUUCGAGGCGCUGAUGCGCUGGGUGAGAGCACUUGAGGACGAACGCUGCCCUCUGCUGGCCAGGUUGCUCUCACAUGUGCGGUUACCGCUGUUGGAGCCAGCCUACUUUGUGGAAAAAGUGGAAUCUGAUGAGCUGAUUCGUCGCUGUAGUGACACUUUUCCUGUGAUGCAGGAGGCCCGAAAGUAUCACCUGUCUGGCAUAGAGGUGGUGUCAGAGAGGACUAAGCCCCGGAAGCAACACUUCCUUUCAGAGGUUUUUAUGAUCAUUGGGGGCUGCACUAAAGACGAACGCUUCAUCUCCACUGUUACUUGUUUGGACCCUUUGAGACGCAGCCGGCUGGAGGUCGCCAGGUUGCCAAUCACAGAGUCUGAGGACGAGUCCCAAAACAGGAAAUGGGUGGAGUUUGCCUGUGUAACAUUACGCAAUGAGGUGUACAUAUCCGGAGGAAAAGAGACACAGCAUGAAGUUUGGAAGUAUAAUGGCGCUCUGGACAGAUGGCUCAGGAUCGAGCCUAUGGCAACAGGCCGCUGGAGACACAAAAUGGCCGUUCACGGGGGGAAGGUGUAUGUACUUGGUGGGUUUGAUGGGACUGAGAGACUGACAACUGUAGAGGCCUAUGACCCCUUUCACAAUUGCUGGACACAGGUAGCACCUCUUUUGCAAGGGGUGAGCUCUUUUGCUGCUGCAAGCUUUGACAAAUGGAUCUACGUAAUUGGGGGCGGGCCAAAUGGGAAGCUGGCCACCGACAGUGUUCAAAGCUGGGAACCUGGUACAGAGAACUGGGUCAUGCGGGCACCACUUCCCAUUGAAGCCAAAUGCACCAACGCAGUCGCAUUCAAGGAUCACAUUUAUGUAGUGGGAGGUGCUAUGCACGCAAUGUACUGCUACUCCCCUUUGUCCGACUCCUGGUCCCUUGUGACCUCGUUGGGUGAGAGGGCGAGCUGUGCGAUUGCUGCCUGUAACAACAAACUCUUCAUCACUGGUGGUCGUGAUGAAAAGAACCAUGUCAUCUCAACGGUGAUGUGCUGGGACUCAACCACAGGGACCUUGACAGAGGAGUGUAUACUACCAUUAGGAGUCUCCCACCAUGGCAGUGUUACCCUUAUGAAGUCGUACACACACAUACACAGAAUACCACCUGUUGCAGGCUGUGUGUGAUAUGGACUUGUAAGAAAGACAGAAAACUGUUUUCAGGAGAUGAGAAGAAAUGGUUCUUCACGUCCUGUACAAUACAUAUGGUUUGUGUCCCAUGACGAGUGUUGCCCAUCAUGUUGGUUGUGUUUUAUUUCAAGCUUUAAGGUUAUCAUCACAUUUUAACAUAUACAGAAGUGACUAAGCACCAAUUUAAAAGGCAUUCACGACGAAUAACCUUUCCAUACAGGGAAUAUUUAACAGGUUCAUAAAGAGUUUUUUUUUAGGACAUUAAAACUACUACUACUACUACUACUACUUUCGGCUGCUCCCAUUAGGGGUCACCACAGCGGAUCAUCCAUUUCCAUUUCUUCCUGUCUUCUGCGUCUUUCUCUGUCAUUAAAACGUUCAUUCAAAAUGAAAUCAUUUACCAAAAAAAAAAAAACUGUUAUUUGUGUUUGUUUACAAUAAUUUCCAUAGAAAAUAUAUAUGUAAAUAA